UGUAAUUGACAGACGGCUCUCAUUCAGGCCAGGCUGGGCACAUGGGGAAGGAGGACGGACACAGCAAGUUAAGAUCUUGCCUGGGUUUUUAUUCUUCGAUACUUGCAAAUGAGGACAUUUCAGGUUGGACAUAUUUUGAUUUUGCGAGGAUUGUAGAGGAAUUCUGUGGGACGAGGCGUGAUUGUUUUCGGAUUUUUAUCAGGGAGCAUAUAUUUUGAUUGUUGCACUUUUGGAAAAGGCCAAUGGGAGCCAAGUUCACCAUCUGCUGCUGUCAGUACUAUCUGAAACACAACAGCAAGGAGAAGAAUGCUAUUUUGCGUAUGCGCACCACCACAGCUUCCAGACAGCCAGUGUUAUCCAGUGAGUCCGGCGACAGCGGCACUGAAGAGGAGAGCCUUUUUGGCCCACGGCCUUCGAGGAGGCGCACUGAGGAUCCGUGGGCCAACACAAACAGACCCUGUGACUCUCCCAUCAGGAGAGGAUCGGACAGAGAGUUACAGGCUUUUAUCAGCAUGAGAGACCAGGCUGACAAGGCUACAGAGGAAUGGGAGAAGCUGAACUAUGACAUACACUCGUUACGCUACGCCAGACGAGAAGUCAGAUCUCGAUGGAAGAAAAUCCUGCUGCAGCUAGGUUAUCAGUGUGAGGUGGAUGCCUUGCUGUGUGUGAACAAACAGAGCCGGUUCAGUCGAGAUCUGGACCAACUUAACAAAGCGAACGAACUGUUGAAACAGCUGCUGGACCGCACCUCUCUGUUUCCUUCAGAAACUGAACACCAGAGCAAAUACCUCUGUGUCAUGGACCGCCUGGUGUCACUGGACAGUGCUGAGGACUUUGUCCGACUGGCUAAAGAAAAAUAUCCCAAGCAAAGCAGGCUGAGAGACAGUGACAGAAAAAAAGAUGAAUUGAAAGCUGGGAGAGAGGGUGAAGAAAAAUGUUAAAAUGUUGAAACACUUUUUUUUUUUUUUUUACUACUCUCUAACAUUCAUUGAUUUGUAGGAAAAUGUAAUUCUAAUGCCAAAUUAAACCUUCUCUUUGAUGUGUCCUGUUGAUUGAACUAUUCCACUGUGUUUUGGUUAUUUGGACCAUUACAAUUCAUAAUGCUGUAUAAAGAUAACGUGUUUUUAAUUCAUACAUUAUCUUUUUAAAGUAGAAGUUUCACUCUUCCAGCAUUUCUGUUGCACUGGUGCGCUGCUGCUCAGCUGGGGAGGAUUGCCUAACGAAUAAGCAAUAUGGUUAAAACCUAUACUGUUUUUGGCUCAGUCCAGCACUGUGUUACCUGCUCCAUCCAAAAGGUGGCAGCAUAUACUUUGAUCCUGAUCCAGUGGGUCAAACUGGGGAAAAAAUAAUAACAAGGAAUUUAGUUGGAAAUGUCUGUAUCACAGAUGGGGUCAAGUUUUAUCAAGUUGAAUAUAUUUUGCAUUCACUGUUGAAAUGAUUAUGUGUAAUGAGGAGGAAUUUAGUUACCCAGCACAUAAAACAGACGGACAUAAGAAUAUGUUGCGCAAUGUCAGCGAUGAAGCCUAUAUGGAAAAGGAAU